CUCCUAGCUAUGGUCAACACUCGGAAGCUUGCCAAGGCAGUGUCUCCAAUCGCUCCUAUGACUGGGAAAAACAAAUUGAAGUCAGUUAAGAAACUCCAAGCUCAACACAUGGAAACUAAGAUGUUGGAUGAAAUGGAGAAGAACAUAGCCUCUACCGAAGGAGAAGAGGAGGUUAACAUUGAGUUGAGGCCAGAAAAUACCAAAAACAAGGGGGCCAGAAACACUAAGCAACCAACUACCCAAGAUGUGGCAAAUGACAACACAAACAACAACAUAAAGGUAACUUCUUUGGACACCAAUAUUGUGUGCGAAAAUGAUGAUGUAUUAGCAUUGGAAAAAGUUGGUGGGGGGUCUGUCUUACAGAAUGAAAUAGGUAUUUUGGCUGUUGGAAACAUUAAAGAGGUCACUCACCAAUCCAUUAAUGAAGAAAUUGUGCAAAAUGAGGGCUGUUUGGCCGAGAUAGUGAAGACUACAAAUGCUAGUGUGGAGGCUGUUUUGGAGGCUGUUUUGGAGGGGGGUUUUGAUGACCAACCUUUGGGGGUUGUUAGCCCCAUUAAUGUGGUUACUCCUACACCCAUUAAUGAGACCACAUCCUCGGAUUUGGAGCAAGAUAGGGCAAUUGAAAAAGAAAAAAACGUUGAGGUUGAAAAGGAGCCAUGUGAAGAUGAUGUCUAUCUUAAGGCCAUAAAUAGGACCAAGAAAUGGAGUACUAAUGGAGAUGCUUCUAACUCUCAAGGCACCAAACAAACUGUCCAAGCUGCCCCUAAACCAUGGUCCUCCUUAUUUACUAAUAAUAGGGAACCAUCCCAAGGAAUGAAACUUACUUACAUCCCACCUACCGGAGAUAUGGUUGACCUUUCUAACUACACACUUCCCUCCAUGGUGGAGCUAUGGGGGUACUGUUUGGUUGGCUACUUUGUAGGGGUGUUUCCCGGACCUAGGACAGUCAACACUAUGAUCCAAAAAUGGGGGGUUCCUUGCAAAGCUAGACCACAUAGCAAAGGAUGGAUUAUCUUCAAGUUCCAAAGGGAGGCGGAUAGGGAUCAAGUCCUUCUAGAUGGACCUCAUUCCAUCUAUGGGAAAAUGUGCUACUUGAAAGUCCUUGAUGAUAACUUCUCAACACAUAGUGAUGAAUUCCUCAAAGUGCCUAUAUGGGUCAAAUUUCAUGGGCUGCCCAUGAGGGCUUGGAGAGAGGAUAUCCUAAGUGCCGUGGCUUCUAGAGUGGGUAAACCAUUGGCUACGGAUAGGGUGACACAAGAGAAAGCUAGAUCUUCAUAUGCUCGUGUUCUAAUUGAAGUAGAUGCGGCCAAGCCCCCUCCACUCCAAUUUGAUGUCAAACUUCCAUCCGGGGAGAUCUAUAGCCAAGGCGUAGUGUAUGAGACCUUUCCAAACUAUUGUUUUCAUUGCAAGAUCUUCGACCAUCACCCCUUCACAUGUAAAACACUCCAUGACUUGGAAAGGAAAGAAAGAGGAGAAGAAGUACCCCCCCCAAGAACCAAGGAAAAACACUACAUUUCAAAUAGAAGAACAAAGAAGGCAAAUCUAUACUAUCAAAGCUAAGAAUAGAUGCUAUCAUGAGGAGCAUCCAAAGGCCGAGACCACCAAGAGCAGCCAUGACCAGCCCGUGGCAGAAAGUUUGGAAAGAGAAGAGGGGGAGAUCAUUGAAGAGGAAGCCACAAUCUUAGAAGAAAACCCCCUUGCCUUGAUCUUGGCUACACCUAACAUUGAAAGGGAAGAACAAAAAGAAGAAGAACUAGUGGAUGAGCUUGACAAAAUCACGGCUAACAAAGAAGAGGAGCAAGGGACAUCAAAGGAAGAGAAGGAGGAUGUUGAUUUGGAAGUAAGAAUUAUCAAUGAUAUCCGAGAUAGCUACCAUGAUGAUGUGGUCAUUCAAGUAGAUUUCAUUGAAGGGAAGCCUCCCAAUCUUCACAUGGCCCACAUGAAUGAGCUAGAACUAACCAUGAAGCCGGGGGAAAAGCUUGUGAGACUUGAUAAUUGCCUCUCAAUCACCGAUGACUUGGAUGCACCGGGGAUUACAUUCACUAAAGCUUGCCUAGAGGGGCUGCCUGGGGUCAUCCAAAUAGAGGACGGGUAUGCUUUUGAUGCUUUCUUUAUGCGUAAUAUUCAUCAUCUUUUUCUUGGUAGGUAUUUUAGCGAAAAUGGCCUUCAAGGCAACACAUGGAAGAAAAGGCCAUGGCAAGGAAGGAAAAAGAGGAUCAAGGAUGAUGGGGGAACCAACUCAAUUGUUUAAUGAUCAUUACGGCAUGGAACAUAAGAGGCCUUAAUAAGGUCUCAAAACAAUCUCUUAUCUUUAAUUUUAUUCGUGCUCAUAAUGUACAUAUGUGUUGUUUGCUUGAAACUAAAAUGUCUACUUCUAAUUUUGAAAAACUUAAGGAAAAUAGAUGGCCACUAUGGUCUUCUAUUACAAAUUUUGAUACUAUAGAUGGUGGCCGCAUGGCCCUUAUGUGGAAUACGAACUAUGUUGACAUAGAUGUGCUUGAAAUUGACAAACAACAUAUUCAUUGCAAAUGUGUGUGUAAGACUACUCAAUUGAAUUUUAUGGUUACUUUUGUUUAUGCCUUGUACUCGGUGGGGGUGAGGAGAACCCUUUGGGAUCACGUUACCAAUUUGGGAUCUACCAUAAGUAGUCCUUGGCUAGUUAUGGGGGAUUUCAAUUGUGUUUCUUCCCCUAGUGAAAGGAUUGGCCCCACACCACCCUCGGCUUAUUACUUACAAGACUUAGUUGACUUCAAGCUUAACGCAAACCUUGUUGACACUCCUUCCACCGGUGAAUUUUUCACUUGGAAUAGGGGUUCACUUUGGGCUAAGUUGGAUAGAGUUUUAAUGAAUUCUUUUUGGAAUACUAAUGGUAUCACUUGCAAAACACAUUUUCAUGAUAUGGAGGUGGAAUGUGACCAUGUUGCACCAUUGGUUACUUUCGGCCAUAACCCCCCCUUGGGGUCAAAACCCUUCAAAUUUUUCAACAUGUGGCUUAAACAUGAGUCUUUUCCCUCUAUACUUCAUGAGAAUUGGUUUAUGUAUGUAAUGGGCAAUGCUCAAUUUUGGUUAGUUAAGAAACUCCAAGCUCUUAAGAAACCACUCAAGGAACUUAACAAGAAUGCUUUUGAUCAUAUUUCUUCUAAGGUAAAGGACUCAAAGAAAGAAUUUAAGAGAUUACAUAGUCUUCUCUUACUUUCCCCUUUGGAUGAUACCUUAAAGAAUGAUGUCCAAGUAGCUAAGAAGAGAGUGCUUUUUCUUAAAAUGGCCGAGGAUGCUUUUUACAGGCAAAAAGCGAAGGCUAUUCAUUUGAUCCAAGGGGAUAGAUGUACCAAAUACUUCCACUCUAUUGUGAAGAAGAGGGCUGCCAAGAAUUCCAUUACGGCUUUAAAACUAGCCAAUGGGGAACUAACUACCUCUAUGGAUCAAGUUGCAAAGGAAUUUGAGAAUUUUUAUGUCAAUUUGUUUGGAACCCCGGUAAGUUGUCCUCCAAUUGAGCCUAGCAUAAUUACAUCCGGGACAUGUCUAGGUACGGACCAAGCUUUAGGGCUGAUUUCCCCCGUUUUAGACAUUGAGAUUAAAAAUGCUAUGUUUGAUAUUGGGGAUGACAAGGCCCCGGGGCCAGAUGGUUUUACCUCUGCCUUUUUUAAAGAAAAUUGGUCAAUUGUUGGGGAAGAUGUGGUUGAGGCCGUGAGGGGCUUCUUUGAGUCUGGCAGGUUAUUAAAGCAAAUCAAUCACACGAUUAUUGCUUUAAUCCCUAAAACCUCAC